AUGUCGAUACGCGUCCCGUCAUACACGACCAACACCGCACCGCCCACGCCGUCAGCGCCAGCAGCAGAAGACGAAGAGUUCUACUCAUCAUGGUCGCUCUUCCUUGUGUGCUUGCUACUGAUUCUGUCGCUUUGGACCUCUUACUAUCUACAAAUCAAGCGCAUUCGAGCUGUGCAUGAAACCACCGUCUCAAUCUUUGCAGGGAUGUUCGUCGGCCUUAUCAUUCGUCUGGCACCGGGGACGAUGAUUAGGGAGAUGCUGACCUUCAAGCAUACUCUAUUUUUCAAUCUGCUUCUCCCGCCUAUCAUCCUUAACUCUGGCUACGAACUCAAGCAGGAAAACUUCUUCCGCCAUUUUGGGUCUAUCAUCGUCUUUGCGUUCCUUGGGACAUUCAUUUCGGCAGUGGGUGUAGGUGUCAUUGUGCACGUUUACUCGCUGUUGGGAAUCGAGUCAAUGGACUUAUCACUCAUUGAAGGCCUGACUUUUGGUUCCACCCUCUCCGCUACCGACCCUGUGACCAUUCUUGCCAUCUUCAACCAGUACAAGGUCGAUCCCAAACUUUACACGGUCAUCUUUGGGGAGAGUCUGUUGAACGAUGCUGUCAGUAUCGUCAUGUAUGAAACACUUCGCAAGUUCCAUGGAUCGGAAGUCUACCUCUCCUCACUAUUUCACGGAGUGGGCAUCUUUCUGAUUUCAUUCACCAUCAGCAUGCUCCUGGGCGUUGCAUUUGGCCUCGUCAUGUCCCUGCUCCUAAAACAUUCCCAUCUCAACCACUUCCCUCACAUCGAGUCCUGCCUCGUCGCCCUGUCAGCAUAUAUAUGCUACUUCCUUUCCACCGGCCUCACUCUCAGCGGCAUCGUAUCGCUCCUGUUCUGCGGCAUCACGUUGAAGCAUUACGCGUAUCACACUAUGUCACGCAGGACGCAGCGAGGAUCGAAAGCGCUCUUUGGCACUCUCGCUCAUCUCAGCGAAAAUUUUAUUUUCAUCUACCUCGGGAUGGCCCUUUUCACCAGCGCACCCACCAGCGAGCCCGUCUUCAGCUACGUCAAGCCUCUGUUCAUCCUUAUAACAACAAUCGCCGUUGUGUUUACUCGGUAUGCUGCGGUGUUCCCCCUCUCCGAAGCCAUCAACUUUGUUGCUCGGCACGCUUGGGGACAGAGGCAGGAGGUUCUCCCGCACUCGUAUCAGAUGAUGCUCUUUUGGGCGGGUCUGAGAGGAGCUGUUGGUGUGGCACUCGCUGCGGGCUUUAACGGGCCCAACGCCAAGGUGUUAAGGAUGACGGUGUUGUUGGUGGUAGUCAUCACAGUGCUGUUCUUCGGUGGAACAACAUCUAGGAUGCUUGAAGUGCUGAAGAUCAAGACCAAUGUCGACGAUGAUGAGGGAGGGAGCAGCGAUGAAGACGAGUACCCGCCGUAUGGUGGUGUGCGGUUGGGAGGGAGAAAUGGGCAGUGGAAUCGCUGGAAUGACUAUGAAGAGUCCACGGCUAUACCCCGAGGUCCUGGACGAGUCGGAGUUCACUACGGAAACCAGGCACCCCAUUCACCAACCGCCAACCAGGCCAUCUUCUCAUCGGCUUCUUCAGAGUCCUAUGAUUCGGAUGCGGAGGUGCUCCCUCUCGCUCCAACAGCACACCGGCAAAGUGACGAGCGAAGAGACAGGAACGACAGGCCUCACCAACCUGCCACUGAAGACGGAAAAUGGUUCCAAACCAUCGACGAGCGGUACCUCUUGCCGUUGUUCUCCAACGCGACUGCCAGCCGGACCUUCCAUGCCAGACGAAGCGCGAGGAGGCAGGCAUCUGCGAGUGCGAAUGCUAGUUCAAGUAGUGCUGCGAUGCAUGAUGAUUCGAGCGCUAGUGGGAGGAGGGAUAGUCGGAAUGCAUGGGAUAGUGAUGUCGAGAUUGACCUGGCGAGGCAGACUCCUAGGUCAGCUCUGCCGCCAAGGCUGGCCUUGUCCACGGCCAGUGGAGAUAACGAUUCAAGUCGGACGGAGAGGGGCUUGGGGAGUCCAGUUCUGCGCGUUGGCUCGCAGUUUUCGAACAAUAGUAGUAACGACUCUUAGUAUUCCUUUCAUGUCAAUCCGUGGUGCAUUAGUAUUUUAUCCGUUGCUUUC